ACCCAUCCCGGAAGUGACACCAUCAGUUUUCACAUUUCAGGAAAAGCAUCAGCAUCUUCAAUGCUUUGACAACGGGGGUUGAAGAUAUUUCCACAACCGCGUUUGGACUGACACAUUUGGCUUUCAAAACACAAUUUGUCACAGUUUGGAUUCGUAAGACAGUUCGGACAAAUGAAGUGACAAACAGGAUAUGAUGUCAUCGUUCCAGGUGGUGGGCUCUUUGCCCAGCAGUGUCAUCGGCGUCAUGGAAACAUCAAACUUUGCCCAUGUCAUCUUCCAAAACGUUGGGAAGAGCUUCCUGCCCCAGGAGGCACUGGAGUGUUGCUACACCCUCACCUCGUACAUCACCCCCAACCCCAAAGACUGGGUGGGAAUAUUUAAGGUGGGUUGGAACACAGCGAGGGAUUACUACACUUUCCUGUGGUCUCCCAUGCCGCAAGACUACCAACCUGGAAGCACCGUACACAGGGCUGUGGUGUUCCAAGGGUACUAUGUUCCCAAGAGUGACGGGGAGUUUUAUCAGUUCUGUUACGUCACACACACGGGUGACAUCAGAGGCGCCAGCACACCUUUCCUGUUCCGCCCGGCCACGCCCACCGAGGACUGUCUUACCGUUACCGAGGAUGACAGCAACUCAGACAUUCUGGUAGUGACCACCAAGAGCAGUGUGCUGGAGCAGCGUGUAGAGGAGGCUCAGCAGGAGCGCAGGGAGCUGUUGAAGACCAUGCACCACCUGCAAGAGGAGAAGCAGCAGCUGCAGGAGGAGCACAGGAGACUGCACAGAGAGAGAGGAGGCUCAGUGAGGAGGAGACUGCAGGAGGCCACAGACCGGGUCAGACAGCUGGAGGAGGACCUACUGGGAGUCACACAGAGAGGACUGCAGAAAGAGACCGAACUGGACUGUCUGAGAGACAGGUUAAAGAAGCUGACAGCAGAUAGAGACACUCUGGAGACCCAACUGAAGAAUGAGAAGGACGAGAGGGACCUUUACAAGGUCCACCUGCGUAGCACGGAGCUAGAGAACACUAAGCUGAGUGCAGAGCUGCAGAUGCUGAAGGCUGUGGAGCUCAACAGAGAAGUGACCAUCGCUCAGUUCCAGGAAGAACUGGACAGGCUCCGAGCCUGCGUCACUCAGAAAGAUCGCCUGGAGAAAGAGCUGCACACACACGCUGUCGACAAGGCUGAGAUGGGUCGUCUGAGGGAGAAGCUUCGCCAGGCCGAGGAGCAGCUCCAGGCGUCUCGCCAGCAGGCCGCCAUGUUGGUGUCAGAGCUCCGCGACUCAGCGAGUGCCCGCGACCGCACCAUGACCGAGCUGUACCGCGCCCGCCUGGAGGUCGACGCCCUCCGCGCCAGCUUGGCCGAUGCCCAGGCCGAGUGCCGGCGAAUGGAGACGCAGCUGGACCGCAUGAGGACCACCUCCCAACAGGAAGUGGGUGUGGGGACCUCCAGUGAGGGGGGGUGUGUGGUGUCUGAGGCGGAGGCUGAGCUACAGAGAGAAGUGGAGGAGCUGAAGCUGCGUCUCCACAUGGCCGCUGAGCACUACAAGGAGAAGUACAGGGAGUGUCAGCGACUCCGCAGGCAGGUGGCCAAGCUCAGCGAGGCCCAGGGGGAGUCAAAGAGAAACGCUGCUACUGAGACGACACAGGAGCCACUGACACCCAGUCCAGAGUCACCUACAGCAGGCAAUCUGGCUGCAGCUGUGCUGAGAGGAGACACUGAGAGGCCUGCUGUCCCUAACCGCAGUUACAAAGACAGGGAACACACAUACACCAAUACAUUCUCAGGCAUGGAAACCAUGAGAGUAGGGGAGAAGGAGUGGAAGGGGAGAAAUGGGGACGAGAGGGAAGUGAGUGGAGGAGAGGAAGGGAAAGAAGAGGGGAGUGUGGAAGUGGAGAGGAAGAAGGACAGGAGUGUAGGAGGUGAGUUCAUGAGCAUGAAGAUGGAGAGUUGGGUGGAGGUGGAGAAUGAGAGGAGGAGUGCUGAAGAGGUGGAUGAGAGGAGGAGUGUGGAGGAGGUAGAGAAAGAGCAGACUCGUUCGGUGGAGGAGGAGCUGGCGAGCAUGGAGGAGAAGUGGGCGGAGCAGUGUGCUAUCAACGAAACGCUCAAACAGAGACUGGCCAAUGAGGAGGAGCGAUUCAGGAUCCAGAUGGCAGAGAGGGCCAUAGAGGUGACAGAGCUGAAGGAGAGUCUGGCUCAGGCCCUCAGAGAGAAGGACCAACUCAAGGAGGAGCUGCAUCAGUGUCAGGACCGACAGAGGGAGCAGGAGGCCGAGGGUCAGGGGUCAGAGGUCAAACAGCCUGUGUUGCUACGCUACCCCCUGCCCUACCCCCAGGACCCCUCCCCACCCCCCCUGGUACCCCAGAGACCUGCAGAAUUGCAGUACGGGAACCCCUACUCCACCGACAACACUCGAGACGGGGCAGACGGUGCCCUGUCCCCUGAGCAGAUGCCCCGCCCCCCUCCCGAGGCCCCUGGUGCAUGCGCCCCUCCGGCCACCCCCCCGACCCCUGGUCCAGGCUGGGAGAGAGAGGUGGUCUGCAUCCAGCCCUCUUCGCGAAGCAUGAGCCCCCCCGACGGACUGGAGCACCCCCCCGAGGAGCCACGCAACGUCGGUGAUGGGGAGCAGCCUGCCUGCAAUCAUCAGUCCAGCAGCAGACGCAACGACAACAGGAGCAGCUUCUGUUUUGACCCCAGUAAUGAAGUCCACAAGCGCUGUCCGUUGUGCGAGGUGAUCUUCCCGCCCCACUUUGAGCAGCGUAGCUUUGAGCAGCACGUGGAGAGCCACUGGAAGGUGUGUCCCGUGUGCUCUGAGCAGUUCCCCCUCGACUGCCAUCAGCAGCUCUUCCAGAAGCACGUGCUCACACACUUUGAUGGCCAUGUGCUAAACUUCGACAAUAUGGAGUAGCGGGGAGGUUGGGGUGUGUGUAAAAGGGAAGGUUGGAUUCAAUUAGAAUAAUUCUAGGAACAUGUGCUCAAAUUGGGGUUUGGGAUGAUUUCAUUUCAACUCUGACUAGGAGGGGAGAUUACAAAUCAUCACAUCAACAAUUGAAAAAUAAUCUGGGGGAAAUUACUCUAAUUAAAUGUUCUGAAUUUAAAUGGAAUUAACUUCAAUCCUGGCCUCACAUGCUACCUUUCAGUUAAGUAAAGGUUAAAUAAAUAAAUGCUACCUUUCAAAAACAUCAAGGAGUGUGUAAGGGGGAGUUUGUCAGUUCCGGUUUAAGGAAAUAAUUUUAAAAAAAUACUUUGCGUGAGAAGUUCGGAUCACUUUGGUUUUGUCCCAUGUUGAUGUCAUUUUUCUGCUUCGGGGUUGUAGUGUCAUCACUGCAUGUGUUUAGUAUCCGUAGGAUUCAUCACUCCGUAGCCACACCUAGAAACAGGUGACAUCCAGGGAUGGGGAGUAGGUUGACGUUGCCUCUACAUUGAUCUAAGGUCAGUUUUGGGUUUUACCUAAUGGUUAAGGUUGGGUAAUCUGAUCCUAGAUAUGUGGUUAGGGGAAACUAAUGUACAGCAUGACAGACUCUUGUCAGCAAAAGACAGACAUUUAAAAAAAUAAAAAACAGGAAAUAGCACUACUGUUUAAAUUUGACUGCACUAAAAAGGCUUCAUUAUUCUGAAUGUAUGUAUAUAUAUGAGAAGUAGGAUUAUUAUGGAGAAAUGUGGCUGAAUUGCUCGUUACCUCAAUGUUUUAGUAGUGACAGAAUGAUGGACCAAUUGUUUUACUUCCUGGUCUCUGGAUAGGCUAACAUUCUCCUUCAGUAGGAGGGAUGGUAACUGGAAAUAUGACUGCUAUAGAAAAACUACUGUACACCUGGCUAUGGUUUCUUUCAGUGUGUUAAGUCUAUGACCUGAGACUCAUCUUUUCCUCCUUUGUCGGGGUCAGUUUCUGUUGGCUGUGCGUGCAUCUCCACAUUGAGUCUCCUUUAGUUCUUGACAUCUGUCUGUCUGAGAUUUGACUGUUCUUUCCACGUGACCACAGUGCUGUACUUUUGGCUUCAAAGUUGCAGCUUUGAGAGUGAGUGUAGGUUUGUAUGUGUGCAUUAAAAAUAUCUUUAUGAAUAAAGUACACCUGUCAAAUGGA